AUGAGGUCUCUACUGAAGCUGGUUGUUCUGCUGCUCUGUGUCCAGAGAGGAGAGGGACACUGGCUGCGCUCACUACUCGGUAAGGACGGAUGGGGGUCACGACUCACGACCUUUGACAUUAGAGAUAAGACACUGGGACAGGAUAGAAUUUCUUCCUAUUUUAAUCAGUUUUGUACUGGGUUAUAUGUAUCUAGAUAUUGUUGUGUACUUUAAAGAUGCGGUUUGCUUUGAGAUUGGUUUACAUCAGGAUGAUGUCUGACACUGGAGUGACAAGGCAUACACAGUCACUGGAGAAUUUUGAGAGCAUUUUAAGUGAUUUCUGUUCUGAAGUUUUUCUGUAGAUAUCAGUCUACUUGCAGUCUAUAGUGUAAUGAUAUCUGGUCCAAGUUGGUGUGUUGAGUGUUUUAAUAACCCUCUAUCUUUCUUUCUCUCUCUUUCUCUCCAUCUUUCAGAGCAGCGAGGGCAAGCAUCAUCCCCCCCAUCAGAGGAGAGGAGAGGUGGAGGAGAAUCCAACAAAGAGAACGACAACAAUAAGAACACAGAAGGUUCCGGAUUCGGAAUAGAAGACCAAAGGGGUUCCGUCCCAUCCCCAGCCCCAAUCAUCCCAAUCCGGUCCCGCCGCUCUUCAACCCAAUGUGGUCUCCGCUCCAUCCUCCUCCAGGUACGAGACCUGGGUCUGGGCUACGACGCGGACGAGACCGUCCUCUUCAAGUACUGCAGCGGAGCCUGUCCCCGUGUCCGCUCCAACCAUGAUCUGACCCUGACCAACCUGCUCCUGAGGGGGGCCCUGCCUGAGCAGAAUGAGGAGCUGUGGCAGAAUGGACCAUGCUGCAGGCCCACCCACCACCAAGAUCUGGCCUUUUUGGAUAACGCCCAUCGCUGGCACAAGGUGGAGAAGCUGUCGGCUGCAGGGUGUACCUGUGUGGGUUAA